UACGAGUACCGCUUAUUGAUUCCACGGGUGAAUGAGAACGCUUUCACGCAACCACAGGGCAAACCCAAGGCGGCGAAUCCAAUUAGGGCAAGGCUGCAAAGCCCUAAUCUCCACCUCUAAAUUGCCUCGUCCCCACACAAAUUUUCUUGUCGCAACCUUCCACGCAAACAGCUAGACUCCACCUCGUCAAGUCGUCCACCACCUCUAUUUACUUGACCUUGUCCAAACCUCUUCUCUCUUGACCUUGUCAAUACUUCUACCUUCUCGCAACACUCCAAUCCACCUUUUCGCAAGCCGCCCUCUGCUGUUCUGCGACAAUUGUCGAGUCGACUCGUCUUGUCGCCCUGCCCUCCUGGUUUUUUAUUGAACCUGCGUACCUGUAUCUAAUACUACCUAUGUUCUGAUCAACCACAAUGUUUCGCAAGAGCGUGCACCCGCCACCGAAAGCGGCCGCGCCGCCUGAGGAUGACAAGUGAGUUUCUUUAUCUGUUGAUAUUCUCCCUAUAUCGCAAGUCUCUUAAGAGACCUGUUCCCGCGCGUCGCAACGAUGUUCCUUAUGGCUCACGCAAGGUCUAAAUAAUUGCCUCGAGAAGUUCCUACCUGCAAUAUUCCUCACCCCAGCAGGAUCUCCCGUAUUUCCUUAUCCUUCUUGAACAAGUAACUGACCAUGUUGCACAGUAUAUCGCUCACCUCUACCCAAGAGAGCGUUCACUCGGAUGGGCAUCAGUUUGUCGUAGAUCGAAUCCUGGCUCAGAAGAUCGAAAAUAAGAACCGCAUGUACCUCAUUCUAUGGGAAGAUUACCCGCUCCAUCGCGCCACUGUAAGUUACCCUUCGGACUUGUUUUUGAAUCUUACCCAAUUUUCAAUGUUUUGAAAAUCUGGGUCAUUCUUCCCGCCUACCCUCGGCUCGUGAUUCUAGUCUAACAUAUUGCAGUGGGAGCCCAGAGGCAACAUCGUUGAUCACCGGAUUUUCGACGAGUGGACAAAGAGAAGAGCGAAAGAGCUACGAGGCGACGAGCAGCCCUUUGAUGUCGCAGCUUUCGAAGCACAACUUGAUAGACUAGAUCGCGAAAAGGAAGCACGUCGAAGUCGACGCAAGCUCAAGAAAAAACGCUUAGGCUUGGCAAAACAAGCUGGAUCCAGCCAGGCGCAAGAUGAGGAUUCCUCAGACUCGUCUAGCGAUGAAGCAUUGGAGCAUGAUGAAGUCACCGAUUACAAAGGUACCAGCAGACCACCAGCCAAUCCUCAUCGCCCAAAAUUACCCUCUGGUUCCAAUAAAACAUCUGUCUUACAAAACACGCAAAACCCAUCUACGAAGACAAUUCCUUCAAGCAAGUCCGCUUUACCUGAUAAGGCGGCUUCUUCGAGCAAGCCACUACUCCUAAAUCAAUCAUCUACCUCCACCUCAGACUCAGAUGCUCCCCAAGCGGUAAAACGCCGAAAGGCAGAUGACAAGAUCUCCAAUUUGCAAAGCAAAAGCGGGUCUUCAAACAUGCAAUCCAAGCCCUCAACGUCUCGAGAAAUGGGCGCGGUCAGAGGAAAGUCGGCUUAUCCAAACGUUUUUGCGCGUCGAUCUCCUCCACGAAAAGACGGACGAAGAGGCACUCUUGCAGAAAAAGCAGCCGAUCCUAGCAAGGGACAAUCCCACUUCAAAAACCUACAUUUGGUCAAUAAAGCAAAACUCUCCGCGAAAGACAGAGUAGAAGCCACAGCACCGGACGUUAGUGUUGUUGGUGGGCUGUUCAAGCCAGGAGAGGGAGGCCCCCAAUUUGACCCGUUGAAAGUACCAAGGCGCUCCUCGGAAGCCUUUUCACAGACCCGUGCCUUUGAGAAUGUGGGCGCCAGUAUGUUGGACAGACCUGCAUCGUCAGUGGCUUCGACGGUUCUCGAUCGGAACUUUUCGAGGUCGGAGACUACAUGCUAUUACUGGCAUGCGGGGAAUGGAGCUAGCGGAGCUUGCAGGCGUUACUUCAUGUGCGAUUUCAUGCAUGAAUAUCGGCCAGGUCAUCCAAUUGCCCCUAAGCCAGGCUUCCUGUACGAAGAAACCCCACCGCAAGUCCAAAAACCAGCUGAAUUGAGAUGCUUCUUUUAUGUCAAAAAGGGUGAUUGCAAAUUUGGAGAUUCUUGUUCAAAAUUGCACUCUGACGAUGAGUCAAUUCCAGUUGCACCCAACCCAAACAGAAAAAACGAACCAUGCAAGUACUGGCUAGCAGGCAAUUGCAGGUACUCCAAGGACGAAUGCGUUUUCCAUCACGAAGACACCGAAGACAACCGAGCACCUAUUCGAGCUGAUUUUGAAAGAGAUGCACAUGUACCGGAAGUGCAGUCUUCCACCCCAGUAGCCAGAAGGGUCAAAAUAUGCCCACAUUUCUCAACCGGGAAAGGUUUCUGCAGAUACGGCCUUGCCUGCAAAUUCAGACACGAGCGUCCUGAAGAGCCAACACCAAAAUCUGGCAGCCUUGAAAAAUCAGUCUCUUUUGCAGCGGAUGAGCAGUUGGAACUGUUUGAGGAGCCCCAAUCUAUCAUUAACGAUGAAACUGAGCAGCCACGUCGGGCCCAAGACAAAUCCGCAAUGCCACCUCCUCCCGCUUUCACUUUAAUCGCAUCAAACCCUCCAACUAUUGGAGAUGGAUCUGAACAGUCUGGUCGUGCUCAAGAUCAGUCGUCUAUGCUGCCUCCUCCCGCUUUCAAUUCAAUCGCAUCAAAGCCUCCAACUGUUGGACAUGUAUCUGAACAGUCUGAUCGGGCUCAAGAUCAGUCGUCUAUGCUGCCUCCCCCAGCUGCCGAUUCGACAACAUCGAAGCCUCAACGAAAAAAGAUUAGCAUCUCGGAUUACACCCGACAGAAAGCCCUUUCAAAUCUUGGCGCCCGCGCUAAGAAGUUCAUCUUUGGUAGCGAUAGCAGCUUUUUCCUUGUCAUGGACAUAGGUGACUUGGGCGAUAAAGCAAAGGAGUCCUGCGGCUUGUUUCUGGCUCCUCUCACGGAUAUCACGCUAGAUCAGGAAGUUAUGGGCAAAGACUUAGCGGGGGUUAUGUUUCUCAUAGGCCAAGCAUUAGAUGGAUAUCUCGUUCCGCGCGACAAUAAUGAUGAAGCAGCAACUAUCAUUGACAAGGUUGUGAAGUAUUGCCUGCUCCAUUGUUGUGGUUUACUUUAUUCCUCUCAGGGUUUCUACAUUAUUGUCUUCCCGGCGAGGUCUGCUGAUUGGGGGUUUCUCUCGCUCGAUCAAUGUCCCAACGACGUACAGUUGAGAUAUAUUGUUUUCAAAACAGAGUCGAACAUUGGAGCCUGCCUCGAGAUACCAGCAACGAAAUCUACAAUUUCGCAGACGGCCACACCUCAAAGUGACGCGCUCAACAACAACACACCCACGAACCACCAAAACAAUCUUGGUGAUCUCGUACACAAAAUCUACGUCGAUGAGAUAGCCCCACGCAACCAUAGCGAAGUAGCUUUCUUCUUUAUAUUCCCCACUUCGGCAGCAACGGUAGCCAACUUUGUCGCUGAGUGCCUGAGGCGAUCGCACAGCAACUGCAAGUUCUAUUCUGGAGGUUAUCGGGAAUGGAAAUCCUUCCUCAUCGCCGAUACGUUCACCCAUGGUUCGAUCAUCAUGCACGAUGAUUUAGCUUGUCAUGUCGACCACAUACCACAUGUGCAAAAGACAUUGGCAUCCCACCUUUUCAGGAAACCUGGCGAGAAAAAAAAGCAGUACUCUUGGUGGUCUAUCACGGAUGGACAUCAAGCUGGAGGAGAUAUUAGCUUACUCCCAGAUACCCAUGCGCGUCCCGAGGAGGAGCGAGGUCCACUUGAGUCCGUAAACAUCUUCCCAUUUGGAGCCGCCAUCCUCCUUACUCAGAGUUUUCUGAUCGCCGAACCAAAAAGAGUCUACGAUAUAUUAAAAUGGUUUUUUGGGAAGGUUGAAAACGGUCGCCAUAUCGAGGGUCAAAUGGCCAAAGAUUACUGGAAAAUCGUUGUGCCUCAAGGCAUUGUCCAAUACAUGUACGAUUUAGCUUGUGCUAAAGACGUAGAAAGUACCCGAUAUCUUGAAGAAAACCAACAUAAGCCUUCGAGAGAAGCUGACGCCGAGAAGAUGGGACUAGGGUAUGCCACUUGCGCUUUGAGGUUCGAAAUAUAUUCAUAUUUGGCAGACCUGAAGCACCUGGGCGUGAUAGAAAACCCAGAUAACAUCUGGCCACAUUACUGUCCCACUGUGGGAGAGGUCGAAAACGAGACUAUUAGCCCGUUCAUCUUUCCCCCAUUAUGGAUCCAUACUCAUGACGAAAUUGACUUGGUACAUUGGUUUGCAUGUUGGAGUAGCACAAGAAUCGAUAGUUAUCGAAAAAUUGUUGUCAUAGGUACGAAUUCAAUGAGUCGCCACAAGCUCCAGCGGCUGGUGAAGGUCCCUAUUGGAACCGAGAUUCCUGAGGAACCCGCUUAUAGGGAUGGCUCGCUACAGACAGAAUUUGUACCACCGCUAGAGAUACAAGCCCUUCAGCUGCCUCAAACCCCCCCUAGCGCGCAGUCUACAAGUGGCGGUGGCCUAGAUGUCGAUUCCCAAAUAGUCGAACUCUUGAAUGAGGAAAAGAACAAGGCCUCGCCCACUUCCGCAGGUCCUAAAGAUGGGAAGGUUGAGUUUCCUUUUGUCCAGUAUCCAGACGAGCCAGUCAUGGAAUGGAAGGAGAAGAAGUACGAACAUACAACAUCAUGGUUUCGAAGAUUUAGAGCUCUACCAGAGCGCAAUGGAGUUCUUUUCGAGGCCAUGUGGGUUGAUGCUUGGGAGAAAAUUUUCCCAUAUAUUGGGGUUCCCAGGCGUUGAGUUUGGGCGGAUUGGAAUGGGGAUUGGGGUUGAAAGGGGAUGGAUGGAAUUGAAGGAUAUUUUGCGGAUUUUACAGAGGAAAGACAUGAAAACCCAAAAAAUGUGAUGAUUAUUGUACCAAAGAUACCCAAGCUCGAGGAGCAUUAGUUAGUAGCAAAAACGCAAAUGAGA